GUCACAAUCAAGGGACUGAACUCAAACAUUUUCGCGGAAAAGUUGAAAAAGAAACUGCUAAUAUACUGUGGCGCAUACUAACGUACAUGCAAGGGGCAAACCUACAGUGAAAUCUUAAACUAUGCGUCGAUCAGCAGCCCCUAGUCAGGCUGGGAAUCGGCCCAAGUUUGUGGCCCCUCUCCUCGGCAACAGAACUGCAUCUCUGACUGAAACGGACAGAACAGAUCGCAAACCUGUCAAACAGACCCAUGUGCUGAAGAGGAUUUUUCCUAACCCAGAACUAGAUUCUACUGACAAAAUUGCUGAUGUGACAUGCAUUGAAAGAGCAGAAGAGGUUGACCCAGUUGUGAAGAAGCCACGAUUUCAGGCCCCUAUUGCAGGAAGCAGACCUAGUGUUACUCUCCCUCCUGCAUCUAGCAGUGCAAGAGUAUCUGCACAUGUUGAGGCAAAAAGAACAGGUUUUACCGCACCUGUAGUGAGCAACAAGAAUGAUAACAAAGGCCCUGGUGACAGCGAAAAUGCUACACCAGAGGAGGCUUCAUCGCAGUGUGGAUAUUUCAAUGUUGUCUGGUGUAAACGCUCAAACAAAAAGCACAAGAAGUGGGAAGGAGAUGCUAUACUGGUAACAAGUGGCAGAAGUGUAACACUGUAUGACACUGAGGGAAAAGAGAUAGGUAAAAGUUCUGGUUACAAAUCUACGGAAUUGGCCACCCUGAAGGAAGAUGAAACUCUGCCCAUUGGUGGGAAAGAAAUACAGGUGAUGUCCAUAUUGAAGGAGGCAGCUUUCAAGUCCGGCAAGUGUUUCCUGGGAUCUACAGGCAGCACCAGUGGUCCUGCUCCUAGUCUUAGCACUGCACCAGCACGGACCGCCAACAAGCAGUUCAGUCGACCUCAGAUACUGGGCUCUAUGCCCCCAGAAACCCGACCCCAAGAACCUACAUUAGUAAAGCCCAGGCAUGACCCCACAGCCCCAGGUGCUUUGGUCUUACCCCGACCUAGUCAGACACACCAGUGGGAAUGUAACAAGAGUGGAGUGGCUGUCGUGGAUGUUGUUGUGGACCCCUACCUGGCCUCAAAUUUGAGGCCCCAUCAGAGGGAAGGGGUCACAUUCCUAUACUCCUGUGUCAUGGGUUUUCGGAAUUUUUCUGGAUGUGGUGCUAUAUUGGCUGAUGACAUGGGCCUUGGGAAGACUUUGCAGUGUAUUUCAUUGAUCUGGACAAUGUUGAAGCAAGGGCCGUAUGGAGGGAAGCCAGUGGCCAAGAAGAUCCUUGUGGUUACCCCUGGCAGCCUUGUUAAGAACUGGCAUGCAGAGUUCAAGAAGUGGCUGGGCUUUGAGAGACUACAGGUGUAUGCUGUCAGUGCGGACAAGAAAGUUGAGGAGUUCACAAAGACCUCAAUCUAUCCGGUACUGAUUAUAUCAUACGAGAUGUUCGUUCGAAUGUUCGACCUCCUUCAGAAGUUGACCUUUGACCUCAUUGUGUGUGAUGAAGGUCACCGCUUGAAGAACACAGCCAUUAAAACCACAUCAUUACUAUCAAGCCUGUCCUGUGUGAGGAGAGUGGUUCUGACUGGAACACCCAUACAGAACGACCUGCAAGAGUUCUUCUCCAUUGUUGAGUUCUGUAACCCUGGUGUCUUAGGUACCAGUUCAGGUUUCAAGAGAGUGUACGAGGACCCAAUAGUGUCAUCAAGGCAACCAGGAGCCACACCCGCCCAGGUUGCCUUAGGGGAGGAGAGGGGGGCGGAGCUAGCCAGAAUGACCCAGAUGUUCGUGCUCCGACGCACACAGGAGAUUAACAACAAGUACCUGCCGCCAAAAAAGGAGAUAGUGCUAUUCUGCAGACCUUCACCCUUACAGUUAAGCCUGUACCAUCAACUGUUGAGAAGCCAGCUUGUACGGUCCUGCCUAUCAGGCUGUCUGGCAGGCUCCCCCCAUCUUGUCUGUAUCGGGGCACUCAAGCAACUGUGUAACCACCCAGGGCUCAUAUACCAGAAGGCCCUUAAAGCCCAGAGGGAUAAGGACGAAUUGGAGAAUGCAGAGACCAGUGUUUACGAUGGCCUUCUGGAAUUGUUUCCUGAUGACUUCAAGCCGGAUAGGAGAUUAGAGGAACAUUCAGGCAAACUAACUGUCCUAUCCGCUUUACUUCACUGCAUACACACAUCAGACAUGCUUGAGAAAAUUGUGGUCGUCUCCAAUCAUACAAAGACCUUGGAUCUGAUUGAGUGUUUGUGUAAGGGGACAGGGUAUGGCUAUCUCAGACUGGACGGACAGACACCCACUGCUCGCAGACAGGAGCUGGUCACACGGUUUAACAGCAAACAUUCACAAGAGUUCAUAUUCCUACUAAGCUCAAAGGCUGGCGGUGUUGGCUUAAAUCUGAUAGGAGCAUCUAGACUGGUGCUCUACGACAUAGACUGGAACCCUGCUAAUGAUCUUCAGGCCAUGGCUCGAGUGUGGAGGGAUGGACAGAGGCAUGCCGUACAUAUUUACAGGCUCCUAACUACGGGCAGUAUUGAGGAGAAGGUAUACCAGAGGCAGAUCAGCAAACAGGGGUUGAGUGGGGCUGUGAUGGACGCCCGGGAUAAGGGCAAAAGUGAUGUACAGUUCUCCCUCAAAGAUCUCAGGGACCUUUUCACCAUUAACCUGACAACAGACUGUGACACUCAUGAUCUUCUCAGCUGCGAGUGUGGAGGUAGUGGACAGAAAGUGGAGAACCCAGUCAGCGUUGCCGAGCAACGUUUAUGUCAGCUGGGGGCACCUGCUAGGGCUUCAAGGAAGAGGAAUGUGGGUAUGGAUGAACUGCUCCAGUGGAAACAUCACACAGCUGACGUUCUGGGACUUCAUAAGGCCUGGUACCUGGAAGAUGCAAGGGAUGCCGUGUCGUUUGUCUUCUACAGUGAAGUGAAAGCCUCCUCCUGACCUUUGUGUGUUUAACUUUGAUGGAUGUUGAUUUUGUGUUCAAUUUGUGCAAUAUGCUAUGUAUAUAAUGUUUGAAACAUA